AUGCCGCAGGGGGCGGGGCCUCUGGCGGAACGGGGCGGGGCCCCUGACUUAGGGGCGGGGCCAGACGCGAAGAGGGGCGUGGCUUCUGAGCAGGCGCCGGCGGGAGGCGUGGCGCUGAGCCCGGGGGCGGGACUGGAGCCGGAAGAAGGCGGGGCGUCGGGGGCGGGGCCUGUUGGCGCGGAAGCCCUUUCAAGGCCGGGGGGCGGGACGGAGCCUUCGGGGGCGGGGCUGAAGUCGGAAGGGGGCGGCGCCUGUAUAAAACCCACCGUGUUGGGGGCGUGGCCUCACCCUCUGCGGGGCGUGGCCAAGGAGGCGGGCGAGGGCCCGGGCCCAGGUAACGGUCCUGGGCGCCCACGCGGGGGCGGUCUCCGCGGCGGCGGGGCUUGGGGACGCGCGCGGCGGCCCCGGACGCCCCCGGGAGAGGCGGUGUGGGUGGAGCGGGCUCGGGGCCCGCCGGAUACGGGCCCCGUGUGGGUGCCCCGGAGACCCCCGCGGGCUCAGAGCUGGGGUGGCGUCCCGGGCGGAGGAAGUUCGGGGUCCGCCUGGGGGGUCCCCGCAGAAGAUCGGGGUUCCCCGGAGCCUCCCAGCAGCGAGGUGUGGGUGCCGCGUGGCCGGCCCCCUGCCGCGGCGGCCGAAGUGUGGGUGCGCUGGGCCGGAGGCAACUGGGUGUGGCGCGAGUGGGCCCGCCCGGGGAUCGGGACUCCCGGGGUGCAGCCCGAGAGGGUGUGGACUCUGCGCAAAGGGUCGGGGGGCAAUUGACAGGCGGGUCCGUGGAGGGCAGGCAGGUAGGUCUGGGGGUGAGCAGAGGGGCGGGGCCCUGGCUGC